AUGGAACCUGAGAAUGAUUGUGCUUGGAAGCCAAAACAGGGAAUGACAUUCGAUUCUGAACAAUGUGUGUAUGAUUUUUAUAAUAUAUAUGGAGGAAGAAUGGGGUUUAGCAUAAGAAGGGAUUUUUGUAGGAAGAACAAAGUUACUAACCAACUUAUUUGUAGACUUUUGGUUUGCAACAAGGAGAGAUUUCGGAAGGGUGACAAACGAGACCCAUUGUCAAAAAACCCUAGAGCCGAAACUAGGACCGGUUGUGAGGCUCGACUUUAUGUCAAAUUAGAUGAGGGAACUGGGAAAUAUGUUGUGGCUGAUUUCAAAGAAAAACACGACCAUGAUCUUUUUGGUGAUGUUGUCACUUUUGAUACUACUUACAAGUUAAACAAAGAACAUAGACCCUUCGCGUCUUUUGUGGGAUUCAACCAUCAUAGGGAAACAGUUAUAUUUGGUGCAGCAUUGUUGUAUAAUGAGACCGCCGAAUCGUUUGUAUGGUUGUUUCAAAAUUUUCUAGAGGCUAUGUCAGGAAAGGCACCAAAAACUUUGUUCACUGAUCAGGAUGCUGCAAUGGCUAAAGCCAUACUCAUUGUUAUGCCUGACACAACUCAUCGAUUGUGUACUUGGCAUUUGAUGCAAAAUGCAUUAAAACAUGUUAACUAUUUGUUCCAAGAUAAGGGGGUGAAGGGUGUACUAAAUAAAUUCUUCUUUGACAUUGAAGAUACAAAUCAAUGGAAGUUAGAGUGGGCGAAAAUGCUUGAUAAAUAUGAUGCGCAUGAAAACCAUUGGUUGAAAUUGACUUUUGCGGUGAAAGAAAAAUGGGGCUGGCCUUACGUUAGAUCAACAUGGGCUGCGGGAAUGAGUACCAUACAACUCAGUGAAUCUUUUAAUGCUCUUUUGAAGGAUUACAUUCGUUCUGAUUUUAACUUGAAUGAAUUCUUCAUGCAUUUCGAAAUGGUACUGUACGAGAAGAGAUACAAGGAGUUAGAAGCAUGA